CCUACUGAACUCUCCGUUCAAGUGAAACCGGAGGGCUGCGGAGCGCGCGGAGGGAGGCAUGGAAAGAUAGAGAGCGCGAGAGAGAGAGAAAAGAAAUGAAUGAGCGACAACCGAGACAAACCACAGCCGAGGUUAUGAGUGCUGCGACAAUGCGUUUCCGAGGGACGUUUACGUGAGCGGAGAGAAGCCGACUUGAAGAGGGGGGGAGACAGCGAGAAGUCACAAGGUCCAGUCCAAGGUCACAGAGUUCCUGACCCCAUGGCAGACGUCCUGGAGAGUGGCGGCGCGGGGGCGGUUGGACCGGCCAGCGUCGAUUGGCAGAAACGCUGCGUUGCCCUGGAGAUGCAGCUGCUGAGGUUCCGUCUCCAAGCGGGGAAAAUCCGAGAACUUCUGGCAGAGAAGAUGCAGGAACUGGAGCAGAGGGUAAUCGAGGCGGACCAGCGGGCCGAGAGCGCUGAGAAACAGAUCCAUGUCAUGGAAGAAAAGCUGAAAUCUGCGAACGUACAAACCGGCGAGUCGGAGAGCUUGCUGUACAGAAAGCACCAGGAUUUGACCAAUCAAGUUCAAGAAAAAGACGCCGCGAUAAAGAGAUUGGAGAUGCAGCUGGAAAAGCAGAUCUUAGUCAGAGCCCAGGAGGCAAAGAUCAUUGAGGAGAAGGCUGCCAAGAUUAAAGACUGGGUUACCUUGAAGCUCAGAGAGAUGGAGCAAGAGAACCAGCAGCUGAAAAGGAGCAACCUGAAGCAAGCAGAGCAGAUCCUGCUGCUUCAGGACAAACUACAAGCUCUCCUGGAGAAGCCUGCUUGUCCUGGAUCCCCUACCACCUCCCCUCUGAUUGAUACCCACCUGGUGCCCAACAGCCCCCUCUACCCACCCAGCUGCCCAGGCACCCCACCAGCCCAAGAUGAGAGCUGGAGACCGCCUGGUCCCCGUACGACGGCCUCUAAUAUGAAGACCUCGUCAGCAGAUGUGAAGUGGUCUUCUGAAUCUAAAGGGGCAUGCCAAGCAGACAUCACAGUCAAUGAUGCUCAUGGUAGGACCAGUAACGGCCCCAGCAGCCCUGUGCCCUGUGGUGGACCAGAGCACGGUCCACCACCCUCCACCAGGGACAGACGGGCUGGGGGCUCCGACAGGGACAAUUCCUCUGACGAGCUCAACAGCAAGUUCCGCUCUCAGUGCCUUCACUCCUCCUCCUCAUCCUCCUCGUCUUCCUCCUCGACCUACGAGAUGGCCCAUGGUCCCAGCAGCCCCGACACUCCCACUGGCAUAAUUCCCAAGAGCCCACUCCUGUCGCGCUCCCCCUCCACCAACCAGCCCUUUCCAACCCUUCCCCAGCCCCUGUCCCAUCAGUCAGGAACCAGCAUGACCUUACCCAAGGUACGGACCCCACUGACCCCCAGAGACAGCAUCCAACUGGUGAAGAAGCAUUAUAGUCAGCCCCAGCCCGGCCUGGACAGGCUCCACCACCUCAAUGUGAACAUAGACAUCAUGACCUCAUCCUCCUCCACCUCCUCCACCCUCCAGAGCACCGGCACCGUGGCCUCGCCCUUCACCCAAGUUGUGGAGGAGACGGACAUCGAUGAUGGGCUUCCUGACACCAUGGAGGGAGUGGUGGAGGGCCUGGGAUCGGAGGAGCCGCCCCGUGAUGGCGUCUCAUUUGUGGGGCUCGCAGAGGAACUGGAGCGGUUGGAUCCAGAGGUUCUGAAGCCACCAACCCCUCCCUUGCACCGCUUCCCUUCCUGGGAGAGUCGCAUCUAUGCUGUGGCCAAGUCAGGGAUGAGAGUUUCAGAGCCCAGCCCUGGAACCAGGGGUCCCGGACGAGCUUCCACCUUGCCCCAGUAUCCAGCAGCAGGUCCGUUCACUCACCUGAUCUACAAGAAUAUCAACGUACCUGUGUAUACCACGCUGAAAGGAAAAGCCACUCAGAUCAGUAGUGUGCCUCUUCCUGAUGAUGAAUCUGGGUCAGAGGACGACAGCAGCUCUCUGGCCAGCCUGCGGACCUCCACCCUCAGCCCCGACAGAAAAGGGAGUGUUCCCGGGAGCCCUCGGGCCGUCAAGAGAGGUGUGUCCAUGUCCUCCAUCAGCUCAGAGAGUGAUUAUGCCAUUCCUCCGGAUGCCUACUCCCUGGACAGCGACUACUCCGAGCCUGAACACAAAGUCCAGCGCACCUCGUCCUAUUCCUGCGAGAGCACUGGGCCCGAGACGCUGGAGAAGUCUGGCUACCUGCUGAAAAUGGGCAGUCAAGUAAAGGCUUGGAAACGUCGCUGGUUCGUGCUGAGGAACGGAGAGAUUCUCUACUACAAAUCACCUAGUGAUGUGAUCAGGAAGCCUCAGGGUCAGAUGGAGCUGAACUCGUCCUGUCGUAUCGCACGCGGAGAAGGUGCACAGACAUUCCAGUUGAUUACAGAGAAGAAGACCUUCUACCUGACCGCGGAUUCACCCAACAUUUUGGAGGAGUGGAUCAGAGUUCUGCAGAACAUACUCAAGGUCCAGGCCAGCAGCCCGGUCACUGUUGAGACAACCGCCAAGCCCACUGUGAGGGGCUGGCUGACGAAGGUCAAACAUGGACACUCCAAGCUGGUCUGGUGUUCUCUGGUCAGCAAAAGCUUCUAUUACUACCGCAACCAGGAUGACAAGUUCCCGCUGGGCCAGCUCCGGAUGCGGGAGGCGUUGGUGCAGGAGGUGGACCGUUCCUGCGAUUCAGACGAGGACUAUGAGGCAGGGAAUCGAGGAUUCCUGUCCUCACACUGCACCCUGGUGGUCCAGCCCCGAGAGCAGAGCCCCACCUACCUGCUCAUCGGCACCAAGCAGGAGAAGGACACGUGGCUGUACCACCUGACCGUGGCGGCGGGCAGCAGCGCUAGCUUUAAGGUGGGCACUGAGUACGAGCAGCUCAUUGGUAAACUCCUGGAUGCCGAAGGAGACCCAGAGUCUGGUCUGUGGAGGAGUGAAGCGUUGUGUUUCUGUAAGGAGGGUCUGCACUCCCCUCUCACCACCCUGCCCUCCGAGGCUCUCCAAACAGAGGCUCUCAAGCUUUUCAAGUCCUGUCAGCUGUUCAUCAACGUGCUGGUCGAGUCUCCAUCCAUCGAUUACCACACGUCGCUGGCCCAGAAUGCACUGCAAGUGUGCCUGACCCACCCUGAGCUGCAGAAUGAGAUGUACUGUCAGCUGAUCAAACAGACUAAUUGCCGCACACCAAACAACUACUCCCUGACGCAGUGCUGGCAGCUGUUGUCUCUGUGCGUGGCUCUCUUCCUUCCUCAACAACAUUUCCUAUGGUACCUGAGGCAGUACCUGCAGCGCAAUGCUGACCCGAGGAGCGAGGUGGGGAAGUAUGCUGUGUACUGUCAAAGGUCUGUUGAGCGGACCCUGCAGAACGGGGAGCGGGAGGCCAAGCCGUCGCGGAUGGAGAUCGUAUCCAUCCUGCUGCGGAACCCCUAUCACCACUCUCUGCCCUUCAGCAUCCCUGUGCACUUUAUGAACAACACCUACCAGGUUGUGGGUUUCGAUGGUUCCACCACAGUGGAGGAGUUCCUCGCCACUCUGAACCAGAGGGUGGGGAUGAGGAAGCCUCAGCUGUCUGGAUUUGCCCUCUUUACGGAUGACCCAUCUGGCAAAGACCUGGAGCACUGCCUGCAGCCCUCUGCCAAGAUCUGUGAUGUCAUUUCCAAGUGGGAGCAGGCUUUGAAAGAGUUGCAUCCUGGGAAGUAUGAGGGCACGCGGAUCGUUCGUCUUACAUACAAGAGCAGGCUGUGUUUCCGGGCUCAGGCAAAGGGAGAGACGGAGCGAGAGCGCCUCCUGCUGGCGUACCAGGUCAAUGAUGAAGUUCACCAAGGCCACUUCCCCGUGAACAAGGAGCUGGCUCUGGAGGUGGCCGCCCUCAUGGCCCAGGUUGAGCAUGGUGAUCUCGAACGCCCGGCGGCCUCCUCGCCAACAGGAUCUCCACAACCCAAAUCUCAGCUGAUCCUCCUGCAGGCUUUGGACCGGUUUUACCCCAAACGGUACAAACAGGACUGCAGCACCGAGCAGCUGAGAGAUCUUGCUGAGCGUCUGGCCACUAAGUGGUCUGUUCUCCGUGGGUGCAGUGCAUCCGAGUGUGUGAGAAUAUAUUUAACAGUGGCUCGGAAAUGGCCUCUGUUCGGAGCCAAGCUCUUCAGUGCAAAGCCUGUGCCUCCUUCUCCUGUUGAGCAAAACCAGGUGUGGUUAGCUGUCAAUGAGGAUGGAUUGUGUGUGCUGGAUUACACCAUGCACACUCUGGUCACACACUCCUACCAAUCUGUGAUUACCUUCGGCGGCUGCCGUGAUGAUUUCAUGGUGGUGGUGAGCCAGCAGAGGGAGCCAGGAGUUGGCAAGAAGAGUGUGGAGAAGCUGGUCUUUGCCAUGGCCAAACCGAAGAUCCUGGAGCUGACUCUGCUCAUGGCCAGCUACAUUAACCACUGGACCCCGAGUCUCCCGUCUGCCUCACCCCAGACCCAGGGCCGCUGGGAUGUGGACAGCAGGCACUUCCCCUCCAUGAACUACACCACCAAGGGCCCGACACUACUGUGAAAUGUGUAAACGGCAGCCUGUUUAUGGAGUAUCUCAACAGGCAAUGAAAUGUCAGGGAAUGACGGGAGAGGAUGUCGCUUUACACCCUCGUACAGUCUGAUACAGGUUUCUUUGUUCACCUGAAGUUCACCUGAUCUGCAUUGGGUUGCAUGCAGGAGAUGUUUUUAUAUUUGUGGAAGAUUUUUUUUUUUAAUAUCUGUGGUUUGUAUGAUUAUAAUUUAGAAAUUUUAGGCCGAGUCUCACUAGACUGUAUUUAUUUCUACAACAAAAGAGUGUUCCAACUCUGCUUGAUUUAGAUAGAAAAUCACUUCCUUUUUUAAAAAUUUUGAACUUUGAAAAACUUAUUUUUGAAAUAGAAUAAAAGAGCUGAGGAGUGGCUGCCACUCGUUGAACUUCCACUUGGCAAGAGAAGCGUUUUAGUAGCUGGCAGCACUCCUUAGUCUCGCCUCUCCCCGGCCUUCAUCUAUUUCAGCCAUCCAGACCUCAGCCGUUUUGUAUUGGGGGGGGAAAAAAAGGAAAAGCUCGUGCUCUCUCUCCCUCCCUCACUCUCAAAGUUCCUCAUGCUCAUUCAUAGUGUAUUAGUACGCAUGCUUUAUUGUGGCAUGCUACCAGGUAACCAGCCAUUAAUAAUGAAUGAUUGCUGGUACUGGCUCCGCUGUUCAGAUAGCCACCCACAAUACUGAAUUUAAGGGACUAAUAAUAUGUCAUGCAUAACUAUAAAGUCUAGUUUAUUAUGUGCCUAGAAUUAGCAGUAAUACACAUUUAAUGCAGCUCAAAUUCUACAUUGACUUCUUUACAGAGCUGCAGAAUUCCCAUCCCCUGCUUCUGGUGAUGACAACAUAGGGUCCCUCGAUUGUAGGUCAGAUAAAAGCAGAAAAUAACGCCUGGCAUUUGUUGUGACCUGCAGGAAGUACUAGAUGAGUGGGGGUUUACCUCAAAUCACACAAAGCUAAACUAUACUUUACUGACCAACAGGUACAUUCCUUGUAUUAUCCCAAACAUUAGCACCCGUUCUCACUCAUCUAUAGCAUCCAAGUAGUGCAACAUACAGUAAAAAAAAAAAGGAGAUGGAAAGCGUUUACAGACACGAGUUUUGGCCUGGAUCCGCUGAUAACGUGAUAUCAUCUUGAGGUACACGACGGAUACGUUUGUGGAUGACAAACAGACAAGUUAGAAGCAGCAGAGUUCGUCAUUUUAGUGAAGGCUCUAAUGAGCGUUUGCUGUCGUUCUUCUCAUAGGAAAACUCCGCAACAGCGAGAGAUUUUUUUUUUCUUAGUCGGGCCGCUGCCCUCAUUUAGUGUCGUCUUUACAGUGUAAGAGUCUAACAGGUAGAGCGGAUAGUGAAAUAGAGCUACCAAAAACGUUUUUCUUAAAAUUACUUGAACUGCUUUUGGAUCAAACCACUGUCUUGCUCAUUUUCCUAUUUUUUAUUUAUUUUCAUUUGCAGCAUUUUUUUUUGUUGGUCUUUUGCUGGAUUUGUUUUUUUCCAGAAUGGUCACAUUUCUAUUUGAAAAGUUACAUGGUUUUGACUGUUUGCUUUAUGUAGCAGAAUAAUUUAAGAGCAGAACAUGUGUGUUGCCAUUACUACUAGUAUGUGUUUUGAGGAGAUGCUUGAAUUAUUAUACUGUUUUCUAGUGGAUGUUUACUGUGUGUACGUGUCAAUGAAAUAAAAGG